UGCUUCAGGGACCACGCGUGUUUUCUCGUGCUCCCUGUCCAUGCAUCUGGAUUCUCUACAAACCGUUGUAUUUAUUGCGAGCUGCUAUUUUAACUUGAGCCUUGUGAUCUUCGCAUGAUUUACAGCCCCCGUCUCCGUUAUUUACAAGAAAGGAUCUAAGCCCCGUCCUCUGGUUCAAGUCCAGCGCUUGAUGCGAGCAUGUGGGCGAAGUUUAAUGUGCCGCUUCCCGCCAGCCGCAAGCCAUGCAUGUACGUCCAAAAGCGUCCUCAUCAAUCUGAGUGCAGAAUAUGGGGAGUCGGAUUUUUAUCCUCUGUCAUCUCGGGCAAACAGGAAAUGCCUGAAGAUUUCCUCAUAGCUCCUACUCCGAGUGCCGCAGAACUUACAGAACUUGUCACUGAAGCACGUUGGAUUCCUACAGACCGGACAGUUUCUUUUUAUUUCUCCCUGGGCAAGACAGAAUCCUUCCGAAGUAUUUGUGAUAGCAAUCAAUCAGAGAUGGCGCGGAAGCUGCAGUGCGCGGCUCUCAUCCUGCUUGUCGGUAUUCUACAGAUGGCCAAUUCAUUCAAUGUUGAUAUGAAAAGCCCUAUGAUGUUUACUGGCUCACAAAGGGAUAUGUUUGGAUAUACUGUUAAGCAAUUUGAAAAUGAAGAAGGGAAAUGGCUUCUGAUUGGUUCUCCUUGGGAAGGACAGCCCAAACGCAGAACUGGUGACAUCUACAAAUGCCCAACAUUCAAGACCAGCAAUCCUGAAUGUGUGAAACUUAACUUGACUGAAUACUUAACAGUACCUAAUAUCACUGAAGUGAAGGAAAACAUGACACUAGGACUAUCGCUGGCAGCAAAUCCCAAUGGAGGUUUUCUGACAUGUGGACCACUUUAUGCUUACAAGUGUGGAGGCCUAUACUAUACAGUUGGUGCCUGUUCGAAUGUAAGCUCCACUUUUCAAGUUGUAAACACCAUAGCUCCUACAGUAAAAGCUUGCAAGUCUCGACUUGACAUUGUGAUUGUACUUGAUGGUUCCAACAGCAUUUACCCUUGGUCUAGUGUUAACAAUUUCCUCAUCAAGUUAUUGGAAAAAAUUGAAAUUGGACAUCAGCAAACUCAGGUUGCAAUUAUACAGUAUGGCUUCAAAGUCACACAUGAAGUCAGUCUUAAUCAAUUUAGCACAACUGAGGAUCUUCUAGAAGUUGCUAAAGAGAUAAAGCAAGGGGGUGGAAAUGAAACAAAAACAGCUCUUGGAAUUGAAUAUGCCAGGACAAAGGAAUUCACAGAGGAGAAAGGUAUGCGCCCUGGAGUUUCAAAGGUGAUGGUUGUGGUAACAGAUGGUGAAUCACAUGAUAGCUACAAUCUACCAAAUGUGAUCGCAAAUUGUGAAAAGGAUAACAUUAGGAGGUUUGCUAUUGCAGUGCUUGGCAGUUACAAUAGAGGAAAUCAAAGUGCUGAAAAGUUUCUGAAAGAAAUAGAGUCAAUUGCAAGCUCACCUAAAGAUCAACAUUUUUUCAAUGUAUCAGAUGAAAAAGCAUUGGUGACGAUAGCUGAGGCUCUGGGAGAACAAAUCUUUGCUUUGGAAGCAACCAAUGACAAACAAGCUGCCUCUUUUGAAAUGGAAAUGUCACAAGUGGGAUUCAGUACACACAGUACAGAGGAUAGUGUCAUGCUGGGAGCUGUUGGAGCCUAUGAUUGGAAUGGAACAGUUCUUCUGGUGAACGACAAUGGAACGGUCAUCCCUGAAAAUGAGACAUUUUUCAGCAAGUCAGAAGAAAGCAAUGAACCCCUUGCCGGGUAUCUUGGUUACUCUGUCAGCUCUGUCUCAGUUGUUGGAGAUGUGUGGUAUGUUGCUGGACAACCUCGGUAUAAUCACACAGGACAAGUUAUAAUUUAUAAUUAUAAGGGAAAGCAAACACGCAUUAUACAGACCCUGAAAGGAGAACAGAUUGGUUCCUACUUUGGUAGCACUGUGUGUACUGUGGAUAUCAAUAAAGAUAAUCUAACCGAUAUCCUUUUAAUUGGAGCUCCAAUGUACAUGGGAACGGAAAAAGAGGAACAAGGCAAAGUUUAUGUAUACACUUUAAAAGAGAAUUUGUUUCAACGCCAGAUGGAACUUGAACCCUUAAAACAACAGUGCAGUUGUCUUUCCACCAUAGGUCUUCACACUAACAGUUUUAAUGCGGCCAUAAGUGAAGAUCACAAGUGCUCUGAGCCCAUCCGGCAGCCAUGUGGUUCCCGCUUUGGAACAGCCAUAGUUGCAGUUUCAGACCUAAACCUCGAUGGCUACAAUGAUGUUGCAAUUGGAGCCCCUCUGGAGGGAAACCACCAAGGAGCAGUCUACCUCUUCCAUGGAUCUGGCACAACUAUUAACAAAAUGCAUUCACAGCGCAUCUCUGCAUCUCCAUCAAAUGAAUCUCUUCUGUAUUUUGGACAGUCGAUUGAUGGUCAGAUGGAUUUAAAUGAUGAUGGGCUAGUGGACCUUACUAUUGGAGCAGUAGGUGGUGCUGCCCUCUUCUGGACCCGGAACAUAGCUCAAGUGAUGAUCAGCAAACUGGAAUUUCAGCCCCCAAAAAUUAAUGUCCAGACCAAGAAUUGUGUCAUUGAUGAGAAUCCAGCAGUGUGCAUAUCGACAAACAUCUGCUUCAGUCUCAAGCUGAAGUCUGGUGAAACUGAACCAGUUGGUCUUGACUACAGUGUCAGACUAGACUCUGCACGGCGUGUCUCCAGAGGGCUAUUUAACGAAACACGUGACAGAAAUAUCAAAGGAAACAUCAUAUUACCCUUCCAUAACUGCACUGAACACAUCUUCUACAUGUUGGAUGCUCCAGAUUUUCUCAAUCCCGUUGAAAUCCUGUUGGAGUUCAAUUUAUCAAAUCCAGAGGAAGGACCGGUGUUGGAUGUUGACCUGCCAAGUUCAAAGAAAGCUUUGGUGCCUUUUACAAAAGAUUGUGGAGAUGAUGGAGAAUGCAAAAAUGACCUGAAGCUUAGUGCUGAGGCAGACAUAAUGGGUGACAGCUCAGCUCCUUAUGUUGUGCAAACCAAUCAGAAGAAAUUCAAUCUGAUGAUUAAAUUAAUAAACCAAAAUGAAAAUGCCUACAACUCAAGAAUAGCGGUGACUUUUUCGAAGAAUAUCUAUCUUGCCGGAGUUGAGCAAAAUGAUGAUUGCACGCCUUUAGGAACAAACAAUGUGACAUGCAAAGUGGGAUAUCCUUUUCUUGCACCAGAAGCAGAGGCUUCCUUUAAGAUGAAAUUUGAAUUCAAUACCACUCAUCUCCUAGGUGAUGUUUUCAUACACCUGGAGGCAACAAGUGACAGCAGUGAGUUAAAUGAAACAAUGAGUGACAAUGAAGUCACCGUCUCCAUUGCAGUCUUAUAUGAAGCUGGGCUGCACUUUUUCAGUAAUUUUAAGGAGUACCAUUUUAAGAUAGCAAUCAAUGAUACAUUCCCUGAUGUUAUUAAAAGCACUGAGGAGAUUGGCGAAGCAGUGGACAUCACUUACAAAAUUGAUAAAGAAGGAGAUUUUCCAAUUUCACAUCUUACAAUGAGUGUAACAUUCCCAUAUCUAUCUCCAGCAAACAAUACUCUACUAUAUUUGACAGGAAUGGCAUUUUCUUCCAAUGAUGUAGGCAAGUGUCAUGACUCACAGUUUGUGGAUCCUCUGAAAAUACACCCAAAAAAUCCUCACAAGCCAGCCCCAGAAAAGGAGCGUCUCUCGAAUACCAAUGGGAUGUGUGAAAAUAAUGCUGGAUGUGCCUCCUUCUCCUGUACUAUACAUCCAUCAAGUUCUGUCCAGUUUAAUAUGUCGCUCAGAAUAUGGAAGCCUUCAUUUAUUAAAGCAGAUUUUAAGUCAAUAAGUUUAAUUGUAUCAGCUACACUGACGAUUGAAGAUUCUCCUUUUGUGGUGCUGAGCAAAGCAAAGGAAAAAAGUGAUGUGAGGGCUGUGACUGUAUCCAUAUCGAAAGAAUUGCAUGGAGGGGUUCCAAUCUGGGUGAUUGUCCUGAGCGUCCUUGCUGGCCUGCUGCUCCUAGCUCUUGUGAUACUGGCACUGUGGAAGGCUGGAUUUUUCAGAAGGCCCUUAAAAGAAAAAAUGUGAAAAGUCGCAAGAACCAAUUAGCAGUACAAUGGAAAGUAAAGGGUGGUCUUCAUUUUCAUACAGAAGAUCCAGACUAUGAUGUUAGCAAAGCAGCUGCAGAACUAACGCCUGAUGGCAAGUCCCAAGACAAGAAGGUCCUCUGCUUUCAAAAGUAUGUGCUUUAGAUCGAACUCAGAAACUACUAAUGUGUCCCUGGGCCGUUGGUUCUGCAGCGUGAUCUGUGAAAUUAGUUCAGCUUUGACUUCUGUUCACUCAGAGGUGGCAGAGAAUAGUAAGGAAAUUAUUGGUAGACCGGUGGCAAACAACCAGUAUUCAGUCACUCCUAAAGUUCCACUUGUGAUUUCCUAUUUUGAUCAUAAUCAGUGAACCAAAGCAGCACUUUAUUGACUAAUUACUCACGUUUGUUUCUAUUCCUUUCAUUUUGUGUAGCUGGAUUGUUAGAGGAAUUGGAAGAGUAAUGUUUCUACUUCAACUCUAGUUUGAAAUUCUUGAGGAAAUGUUGAAUCUAAUAAUGUAAGCACUGCCCACAAAAUCAUGCUUGAGACACUAUUCUUUCACAAAGUGCACUCACGGAAUGUCCCAUCACCUCAUUGUACAGUAAUGCAUAUGUACAACACUGAUACACACAGCGGACACUUUAUUAGGUACAUUUAUGUUUGUGGUUUUCUGCUGCAGUAGCCCAUCCACUUUGAGGCUCAACAUGUUGUGUGUUCAGACGUGAUCUUCUGCACACCACUGUGACAACACGUGGUUAUUUAUUUAAGUUACUGUUGCUUUCUUAUCAGCUCGAACCAGUUUGGCCAUUCUCCUCUGACAAGGCGUUUUUGUCCAUAAAACUGCCACUCACUAGAUUUUUUUCUUUUGUUUCUAGCACCAUUCUCUAUAAACUCUAGAGACUGCUCUGCAUGAAAAUCCCAAGAGAUCAGCAGUUUCUGAGAAACUCAAACCACCCUGUCAGGCACCAUCAAUCAUCCCACGGUCAAAGUCAAUUAGCUCACAUUUCUUCCCCACACUGAUGUUUGGUCUGAACAACAACCGACCCAUUGAGUUAUGCAUUGAGUUGCUGCCAUAUGAUUGGCUGAUUAGAUACUUGCAUUAAUGGGCAGAUGUACCUAAUAAAGUGACCACUGGGUGUAUGUACUUCCUUCUACACUCUGUAAAUUAAUGCACACUGCAGCUUUAAUAUAAAGUGUGAUCAACUUAUAGUGUGACAAAAUAAUUUGUAUGUUCUUGUAUAAUCUGCUUUAUGAUUAUGCGAAGCAAACUCUUUGAGCACUGUCAUCAAAGUGUGUAAAAUGUCUAACUGAUGCUGUGGCAUACCCAGUGCAUCAAACUUGAUUGAUUUCAGUUGCACCUAUAAAACCAAAGAGCAAAGGCUCAGCAAGUCAAAUAGUUCUCUUUUACAGAAGAGCUUCUAGAGUCCUACACUGCCCCUCACAUCUAUCAAAUCAACCCAAUCAUAGCAAAGUACAGUACAGCCCUACAGCUAUUAUGUUGGGAUGAUCUUUUAACCUACUUCAAGACAAUCUAAUUCUUCAUUCACAUUUUUUUCAACCAUAUGCCCAUCUAAGAGUAUUUGAAAUGUCCCUCAUGGAUACACCUCUAUUACCAACCCCAGCUGUGCAUUCCAUGCACUUACUACUCUGUGAGUAUUUAAAAUAAAACUACCUCUGAUAUACCCACCUUUUCUUUCCUCUAAUUACCAUAAAACUAUGCCCUCUCAUUUGAGCUAUUGCCGCUCUAGGGGGGAAAGUCUAUGGAUAUUCAAUCUAUCUAUGCCUCUUAUCAUCUUAUACAACUCUAUCAAGUCACCACUCAUCCUCCUUCAUUCCAAACAAAAAAGCCAUUGGUUACUCACCUUUCCUCAUAACAGACACCGCCUAAUCUGGGCAGCAUCCUAGUAAAUCUCCUCUGCAGCCUCUCGAAGACUUCCACACCCUUCCUAUAAUGAAGCAACCAGAAUCGAGCACAAUACUCUAAAUGUGGUUUAACUAGAGUCUGAUAGAGCUGCAACAUUAAUGAAGGCCAACACAUCCUAUACUUUCUUAAAUACCUAUCAACAGAUGUGGUAACAUUGAGGGAUCUAUGGAUAUGACCUCAAGAUUGCUGUUCCUCCACACUACUAAGAGUCUGCCAUUAACCCUUUACUCUGCCUUCAAAUUUUAACUUACAAAAGUGAAUCACUUCACCAAAUUGCACUCCAUCUGCCACUCCUCAGCUCAGCAUUCCAUCAAUAUCCUGUUGUAACCUUCUUGAAUAUAUUUAUACCAAAAAUGAAAAUUUAAGUUUGUAAGAAACAUUUCACCUUGAUUGCCAAAGGCACCAUUAGAUUCUGAAACUAAGGCUAUGAAUUUGUUGGAAUGACUCCCACUUCUCCAAUAUAACUUCUCCUUAGAAGUACUGGAAACAUCUGUUAACUUGCAUAAACAAACUUUGCAUUUCUGACAGAGUGGGAUGGAGUGGGACCAGCUCUGAGAUCAAAGUUCAUUACUGGAUUUAAGAAAUUAGAAGGGAAUGAUACAAUUGAUUCUAUAGAGGAGUGAAAUGCUUCCUAUGGCUUCCAAUAAAUCAGCUAAACAAUAAUUCCAGGGACACAAGCCAGAAUAAUUUUAAUUGUGUUGUGCCAACAUUUUUAACUGAAUAAUCAAAAUGAAUUAUUUUUCCAAGAUAGUUUAGGCAUACUUAUUUUGAAAUAUCAUCAUCCCUGCUGGAAUGCCAUAAUUGCACUGACAUUUUAAAUGUUGGCAUAAAUAUUUUGUCAGUUUGGUGUGAGUUCCAUUGGCUCUGAAGCUAUUUGAUCCUAAACUGGUUGUGAUAACAAUGGUAAUGCUUCAACUUUGACCUUUGGCCACUCAGGUGACGAACCUAUUAGCACAAGGUAGAUUCCACCUCAGCUAUAGUUCUUCAAUUGAUGGCCUUGUGCUAUUAAUCUUGUUGGAAGUUGAAAGGGUGAAUAGUCCAGAAUCAAUAAUCCAGUCUGUUUUCCAAUAUUUAUGAGUAUACUUUCCAAAAAUUACAUUUUUUGCUGUCUCCACAAAUGCCUUUACAGUCACUGAUAACUUUCACCACACUAAGCAUGCUAGCCUCAAAUGCAUUUCACUGGAACAUGAGCAGAAAUUCCUAAAUGUGGGACGUUCUUCUGCACUUAUCCAACUAACUUUCGAAAGAGGGAAUGAUUGAAAUUCCACCUUUACAAAUCAUUGAAGCCCUUAUUCCUUCCUAGAUCGUAAUGGUCUAAACAUCAAACUUUUCCAACUGUUCCCUAGAAUAUCUCUUAGGAAAUUGGACAUAGGACUAUAGCAUAUUGUAUCAUCCAGGGUGAUAUUUUUUUUAUCCAUCUCACGUUGGAAAAAAAAAGCUGAAAUUAAGAAAAAUAAAACACUGUACAUAAGACAUUUAAUACUUUAUUUCUGUGCUCUGUAUGACCUGUGUUAUUUUGAAUUUCGUGGAAAGAAGUUAAAGAAUAUGAACAGAGAUUAACUCACAGUUUUUCACUUUUCAUCUACUGAGAGAAGCACUGAAUAAAAAACUGUUGUUACUUGCUGUAAAUUGAAGUAAAUGGCAAGCAUACAAAAUAAAUUAUGUAUUCUUAUAUAUGGUUUUUGUAGUUUAUUUGAUGAUUAAAGCCUUAGGGAUCCAAUAAUCUAUACUUAAAUAUGCAAAAUAAACUAUUUUGUUUCUUUUUA